CAGUCUCGCGAUACUACGAGCUUCUAUGCGUGUGCGCUACUUUGCGUACGUCGGAUGAGCUGAGUUGGAGAAUCAUGGCGGAGCGCAGGAGGCACAAGAAACGGAUCCAGGAGGUCAGCGAGCCCACCAAGGAGGAGAAGGCGGUGGCCAAGUACCUCCGAUUCAACUGCCCCACCAAGUCCACAAACAUGAUGGGCCACCGAGUCGAUUACUUUAUUGCCUCCAAGGCAGUGGACUGUCUGCUGGACUCCAAGUGGGCCAAGGCUAAGAAGGGAGAGGAGGCUCUGUUCACCACCAGGGAGUCUGUGUUGGACUACUGCAACAGGCUCCUGAAGAAGCAGUUCUUCCACCGGGCCCUCAAAGUGAUGAAGAAAAAACCAGAGAAAGACAUCAAGAAAGAGAAAGAGAAAGAAGAGAAGAAAGAGAAGGAGAAAGAGAAGACCAAGGGCGACAGCAGCAAAGAGGAAGAGAAAAAAGGGAAGAAGGAAAAAGAGAAGAAGAAAGAGUCUGAGCCUGUUGAAACCAAGAAAGAGAAGAGCGAUGAAAGUCCUGGAACCCCCAAGAAGAAGAAAGAGGUGAAGAAGAAGUUUAAACUGGAGCCGCAUGAGGAUCAGCUGUUCAUUGAUGGAAAUGAGGUGUACGUGUGGAUUUACGAUCCUGUCCAUUUCAAGACGUUUGCCAUGGGACUGAUCCUGGUCAUUGCGGUGAUAGCAGCCACGUUGUUCCCACUGUGGCCAGCAGAAAUGCGUGUAGGAGUUUACUACCUAAGUGUUGCAGCAGGCUGCUUCGUGGCCAGUAUAUUGCUUCUCGCUGUUGCCCGCUGCAUCCUUUUCCUGAUCAUCUGGCUGGUGACGGGCGGGCGCCACCACUUCUGGUUCCUGCCAAACUUGACAGCCGACGUCGGCUUCAUCGACUCGUUCAGGCCGCUCUACACUCACGAGUACAAAGGGCCACGAGCCAGCAACAAGAAGGGCUCUGACAAAACUGACGAGAAGGACGGCGGCUCCUCCACCAAGGCUCAGAAGUCAGACAGCGACGAGAAGUCAGACAGCGAGAAGAAGGACGGCGAUGAUGAGGAGGAGGAGGAAGAGGAAGAGAGCAAAGAGACGGCGCCAGAGGAGAGUAAAGAAGCGGAGGGGGAGGGAACGGAUCGCCACUCGGACACAGACAGCGACCGCCGGGAGGACGAGGGCUCGCAGCACAGCAACGGAAACGACUUUGAGAUGAUCACCAGGGAGGAGCUGGAGCAGCACACGGAGGAGGACGAAGAAGAAGAAGAAGAAGAAGAGGAGGAAGAGGAGGAGGAGGAGGACGAGACGCGACAGAGGAAAGAAGGGGGCGGGAAUGAGACUAAACCCCAGACUGCUGAAACAUAAACUCUUUACAAUCCCAUCACUCUCCACUUUCCUCUCUCUGUCCUUCCCUCCUUUCCUCCUGUGAUCCCAGGACCUGCCAGUCCGGCCUCUCUGAGCCCGCCGAGGCCGAGGAGAGGCUCCAUCUCUUGUUGUUGAGCUCUUCCACUAAACAGUACCGAUAGACACAGCGGUGAAAAGUAAAUGGCUACGACAAUGAGGAAAAGAAAUUUUUAAAAAAGAAGAAGCCUUAUGGUGGAUGAUAUGUAUGUUCAAAUGAAAACCUGCCUGAGCAAGUUGUCAACCAAAAUCCAUCAGACCAACAACAGUCCUGAUGGAGGGUUUUCAUGUCAUUAAGUUGCUUUUUGUGCCGUUUUCACCUCAGAAAGUUCUAUUUAUGUCCCGUCUUUGGUUACAUUUGGAUGUGAAGAUCAAAUUCUGAUCUUAGAUACGGAUGAUGACAAAGAGCUAAACUGACCAGUGAGAGAGGACAUUUGUUUCUUUACCCUCCCCCUGUUUUGGUUUCAUCGCUGUCUCUGAGAUCCAUGUUGUUGGUACAAUCACGGUAGAAAAGCCCCAGUUCUUUCAUCUGUUUUCGGUGUUUUGGUGAGACAGCUAUGGCAGAAGUACAGUUCACGUCCUGUUGAAUGCCAGUGAGUCUGAUAGCUUUCUCAGGCAGCACUUAAAGCAAAGUGACCAGUGGGUCUGCUUUGAAAACCUGAACUAAGACAGAUGGACCAAAUCCUGUAGUUUACUCAAAGGAAAAUUGACCAUAUUGUAACUGGACAGAGUACUUGGAGAACAGAGUAGUAUGGCUCUUUGAGGUACUUGCCAUUUUCAGUAAGUUUCUUUUUUUUUUUUCUCAAACACAGUCUGAAGUACUUCUAGUUCAUGUUUAACGUGGGACUCAUCUCUAAGAGUAAAUGCGAGCAACUGGGACACAGCUGGCGUACUUAAUUUUCUUUUUUAAAAAAAGACUUCAGCGUUUGUUGUACAACUAAACCUACAAAAUGUUCACUGAUUGUCUAUUUGCAAACAGAAGCAGAUAUAAAGUAAAGCAAACUCUAGUGCCAAACACAACUUAGAGUGAUGUUAUGCAUGCUGAUUUAAUAUGGAGAGUCGAGUGUGAGAGCGAGGGGUACGAUUUAUUAAUUCGUUCAUUUUGUAACGGCCGCGUUAAGACUCCUCAAACCUUUCACAUCUUUGGAACAAAGUAAAGAUUAAAAAAAAAAAAAAAGAAGCACAGAACAAGGUUGUUUGUGUGUAAGUAAACCAAGAUUUUUGUUGGUCUCAGUGAAACCGUUUAAAAGGACUCACAUCUAAACCAGUUCUCUCUAGUCUCGCACAAGCCGUCAUGUGUGAAAAUGGUGGGCGUGCUUCAUGAAUCCAGCUCCACUGACCAGACUACAGUUUUUCCAGUAACUGGCGGCUGAGGUCCAAGUUGUUCCUUCACAUUAUCGCCUGGCUAGAAAUGUCUUAGAUGCUCUUUUUAGUCAUAGCGAGGAUUAUAUUUAAGUAUAAAAUAGAAAUGUAUCAUUUAUAUACGGAUUCUAUUGAUAUAUCAGAUAUAUGCUUACAGUCUAAAACUAAAACAGUUUUUUUUUUUCCUCUUUUGUAUUAGAAGGUAUAAUUUUUAUUCCACAGUGUUUGUAAUGCUCUUUUUUGUUUUUAUAUUAUCGUUAUUUAAAGGUAACAUCUGGGAUUAGAAAACCGUGGGAAUUUAUCGGCAUGUUUCUGCAUCUUUAUUUUAACCGUCGUAACGUUGGAUUGGUUGCACGCUGCCACGUCUGCGUCUCCCUCAUUGAAAACGGUCACUCAUUAACCAGAGCUUACAAAACCCGGUGGCUUGUGUAACGCUGGCAGCAACCUGCGGGCGUCCACUUAAAUCUCAUGCAGCAAAACGCCUUCUCGUGGCGGAACAAUAUUUGAAUAUUUUUCACGCAAAUUUCUGUGACCCGUCACCCGUUUUUGUCUAAAAAUGAUCGCACCCAGACCGUAUUUAGCAGUUUGUAAUCCCACUGAGGUUUGUAGCUUUGACUUUCUAACUCACAAACCAACAUGCUGUUGCUCUCAUUUCUUUUUUUCCCCCCCUCUCUCUUCACCAAAUGGGCAAAGUGCAUCUCUGUGUCCUGCAUUACCAGUCGAUAUACUCUCAAUAUUUGCAGAAAUAUUUCACAAAUGAGGAAAAAAAAAAAAAGGUUAUUCUCCCAAACUGUUCUUGACUGUUGCACAGUAUCGGUCUGUUGUAUAUUGUAGUAUUCUUCUCUGUGCUGCUGCUUCUCAUCGCACAUUUCUGAGGGAAAUAAAAAGUAAAACUGUAAAACAUCCAUGAUUUAUCUGGUCAAAAUGUGUCUUUUGAUCGCCUGGUUGUCCACAUUCAGAUUAAUGUCAUUCUGAAGACUGUCACAUGCAAUAUUGGAGUAUAAUUUAAUAAAACUGGAUGUCUGGAAAUAUAUCUGUAUCUUAUCAUUGCAAUAAAAAUAUAGAAAGCACACAA